AUGGAAGGGAUUUCCAUCUACGUAGCACCCACAAGUGAAACUUCUGAUCAGUGGAUCGCGCAUUUGUCAUCAGGUCCUGCUGGUGACGGGUUGGAACACGCCUCUUCCGUGGAUGUCCGUGGGGGUGUUACUUGCCUCGGGAUAGUCCGAACAAAGGAUUUACCGUUCACCGCUUUUGUGAUGGUCCAUUCACGAGACUCUAACCCUAUCGUAUUGUUACUAGUUCGCAAUUUUAAAGGUCAGACGCUGUUAAUUUAUCGUACUACAGGUAACCUCAAAAGAAUAGGUCCACAUGGACAGUUUGUGGUCAAUGCAACACAACUGACGAAUUAUCCAAGUAGCAAUGGGGAACAUAAAGCACCUCAGGGGACAACCCAAUUGAUGCAAUGA